AGAGAGAGAGAGAGGAAGAGAGAGAGUGAGAGAGAAAGGAGAGAGAGAGCUGCAGAGAAGAGAGGACAACAUCAGCACCACGCGAAUACUGUAAAAUGCUUUAGGACGAUUUCCCUGAAAUUUAUUCAUAUUUCAUUCGGUCGAAUCGAAAAAGGAGCAGGAAACGGGAGACUAGUUCAGGUCUGAGGAUCACAGGACAGGAACCAGACAGUGUUACUGCACCGGUGGGCCCAAGAUGCCAGAGCAGAGCAAUGACUACCGGGUGGUGGUGUUCGGGGCGGGCGGGGUGGGGAAGAGCUCGCUGGUGCUGCGCUUCGUCAAGGGCACCUUCCGGGACACCUACAUCCCCACGGUGGAGGACACCUACCGGCAGGUGAUCAGCUGCGACAAGAGCGUGUGCACCCUGCAGAUCACCGACACCACCGGCAGCCACCAGUUCCCCGCCAUGCAGCGCCUCUCCAUCUCCAAGGGCCACGCCUUCAUCCUGGUCUACUCCAUCACCAGCAAGCAGUCCCUGGAGGAGCUGAAGCCCAUCUACCAGCAGGUGCUGGCCAUCAAGGGCAGCGUGGAGAACAUUCCCAUCAUGCUGGUGGGCAACAAGAGCGAUGAGACCAUGCGGGAGGUGGAGACCAAGGAGGGCGAGGCACAGGCCACCGCCUGGAAGUGCGCCUUCAUGGAGACCUCAGCCAAGAUGAACUACAACGUCAAGGAGCUCUUCCAGGAGCUGCUGAACCUGGACAAGAAGCGGAAUAUGAGCCUCAACAUGAGCUCCAGCAAGCAGAAGCGUACCGACAAGCUGAAGGGCAAGUGUAGCGUUAUGUAGGCCAUCUUGUGGGAAGGGGAGGGGUUGGGGGAGGGGGGCUAAGGGAGAGCUUGGAUUGGAGAAGGUGAGGGAUCUUAUCAUAAAAUAUUCACGCCCAACACCCAUCCCACCCAGGCCCCUCCCCAUUCCACAUAGACCCCCUCCCUCACUGCUCCAACCCCCGAGGCCAGGAUUCGCCCAAGGCAUGUUCAGCCCAUCAUCCUUGAGUUUUUUUGAUCCAAAAAAAAAAAACAAAAAUUUCCAUGCAAUAAGGAACGCUUUUCACCAAGGGGAGGGGGCGGUGAAGAUAGGAGUGUCGGCAGGUGGGUGGGAGAAGAGAGCAGAGUGGCCUGGACACCAGUAUGUAAAUCUGUCUGCACAGUCAUGGAGCCACAAGCUGGAGAGGAAUGCAGCCUGUGGUGACAGCAGAGGUGACGUCCGUAUCACAAGUCCAUUCGUUCUCAAAGCCAUCUCUUUCUCUCAGCCACGCCCUGGCUUCUCGGCUCUGAAGAGCUAGUUGAAGUUUGGAGUCAAACAAGGGGGCGAAAGCAAUUUGAAACCGAGGACAAUAACAAUUUUUAUCUCAUUGAGGGAUUUUUUUUUGACCCCGGGCACUAUAAUUAAAGGAGGUUUUUUUCUGCUCUGUCUUACUAUUAAACAUGAUUCAUCUGUGUCGUCUUCAGAAAAUCUCGACCAUCUUUCUAAUGCAGGGGGUGUUGAGUUUACAGUAGAUAACAGUUACAAAAGGACUUGCUGAGGACUGCCAGCAAUGGAAGAGGACAGAUGUGUAAAUAUAACACUGAACUGAACAGAAGACGUGCUUUUAAGAAUUAAAAAGAAAAAAACUUUUGCCAAGCACAUUUGAGUUUCUUUCUGCCUUUCAACUGCAUUUGCCUGAUAAUUUAAUUUGCAUUUAGACUCCACCAUCGACCAGCUUUAGCAGAAAUGAAAGCACACAAAGGCCGCUGUGAAAUGUACGUGUGUUAAAAACAGGGAGCAUUGGCUUGCGUCUCGGCUGCACACCCAAAGCUAAUCCCAAAGCUGCAUUUUAGACACAAAAUCCAGCUUUGAAUAAGCUUGAUUCAUUUUCCUCUCAUAUUUGCCUCUUCAUUUAAGUCGCUGUUUCAUUUUGAAUAUGGAUCCUCAUAACAGACGCUGUUUUCCUCGUUGCACAUUGUUUCAGUGCAUGUUGCUUUAUUUUCACUUGUUACAAAAGUAAAUUACCUGCACACCACGCUGUCCCACCCACUACACCCCCUCCAAAAUAUGUGUGCCCAUGUCUAACGUCCUUGUUUUAGCAAUAUGGAAAUUCUGCACUUUUGGCUUAUUUGAGGGACUACAAAAAGGGAGUAAAAAUCUUUUUUUUCCCCUUGUUCUACCACUCUGUGAAGUCAUGCAUGAAGAGGAAUUCCUUCAUUUGCUCCUUGUGUUUUUAAAAACCUGAAGAUGGCAUGAGAGCUCAAGAGGCCUGUGUUCAACCAGUUUCUGGUGUUUUCAACCCCAGACAACAAGUUCAUGCAUUACAAAACACAAGGAGGGAAGUCAGAGAGGGGCGUGCCUCUGUGCCAGCUCCAAUGAGAACGGAGAGCAGCCUAAAACCAUCCAAUCAGAGUUCAAGGAACAGAAGAAGACAACAGAAGGCAACAAAAGAGGUGGCAAAACAGCACUUGUAAACCUCGGUAUAAAGAAAAGUAAUGAAAUUGAAGUAAUGAAAUUAUCUGUUGAGAAGAGUGGGCCAUUGUGCUGGCAUCAUCUUGAACAGUUAACACUGGGCCAGCUUGCACUUGCUCUAGGUCUUGUAAUCUGUCCCUGAGGCUGAUUGCAUUCCAUCACUUUGCUUGUUGUGUAUUUUAUUUACAUGUUUAUUUUCAGCAUUUCAGAGAAUGAUAUGCCUGUAAUGUGUGACACUGAACCCUACAGUUCAUGAAAAGUACGUCAGCAGCAGAAACAUGAGCAAAUAAAAAAUAAAGAAUAAACAACAAAAAAAAAACAGGUUAGAGCUACUGUACACACACAGAGACAGGUAUGAGAGAGCGUUUGGCUAUGGUAUUGGUACAAGCCCAGGGAGAGCACUGCACUUCGACCAGGGAACCUUUAUUAUCUGUUUUUUGAUUAAAAGCACAGAGAUGGUACUACACAGGAAAAUGCUACCUAGGCAAAAUCAGUGCUUUGGAUCCCCCCAUUCAUUCGUUUACAUUCUGAGAUUAAAGACGCAGGGGUGGCACCAGUGGUGUAAACGAACAUGCAUUCAGCAGCCAUGGAUGCUGACGAGUAAAGAAACCCACUUCAUUUACGUGCAAAUUCGUCCGUAGAAGGGAAUGACACGAAUCUGUUUCCUCUGCCUGACACAGAUCAGCUUUGUGUGGCUGUCACACACUGAGAUCUGACUGACAGCUGAUCCAGAACCACUUUUUAAAAUCCAGCCGGAGAGCGCGCUGAAAUUCUCUUCCGGUUCCAGACAGUAAAAUGUGACUAAGGGAGCAGUGCCAGAAUGCCAUUCGUUUUAGUUUAACCUAUAAUGAUAAGUGCAUCACAGAAUAUUGGGAUGGGAUUAUUUUUGAUUGACAGAUGAAUCAUCCCCAUUCCUUGACUUUGAGUGAUUUGGCUAUGCAUUAUUGAAAGGGCAGGGUACACCUGGACAAGCAAUGGGCAUGGAACCCUCACUGUUCCAGUGGCUUGUUAGGCAAAAGCACACAUGCGGGUUUAGGACUAUGAAGAGUUUUUUCCAGGUAGAGUCCUGGGUCAGCUCAGAUGGACAGGAAAUGCUGGACAGUGAAGAAGAAGCCACUAUGCAUUGGCCAAACCCAAAAGAACCAGCACUGAAGAUCAACACAAUGGCCAGAUGUUUGAGGGAAAGAAGCUAGCGUCAGAACAGCAGGGCCCGCUGGAUGUGUGUGUGCGUGUGUGUGUGUGUGUGUGUGUGUGUG